AUGGCGCCGUCGUUCGACCUGUUCCGGAAAGUCCCAGAGGACUUGCAGACGACCUCGGUGUCGUCAGGCAUCUUCACGCUCAUCACGAUUGUCGUCAUGACAUACCUCAUCGUUGCUGAGUACAUUGGUUACGCGUACUCGUCGAACACGGUGUCGAGCGUGAUUCUGGACUCGCAUCAAGAAGAUCUGCUCCGAAUCAACUUUAACGUGUCGAUCCCUGCGAUUCCGUGCCGUCACUUGUCCAUCGACCUGAGCGACCACCUCGGCCUCAAGUUCACCAACAUCACGCGGCACGUCCGUCGCGUUUCGCUGGUUCAGACGGCGGACGGGACUCUCGCCCGACACAAGGAAGUGUUCAUGGCCGAGCAAGUCGCGACGUGGGGAAACAUAAACCACGACCUCCACGCCGGCGAAACGAUCUCGCCGCUUUUGGAUGUGACCACGUUUGACGAGUUCAUGUCCAAGUACGACCUUGUCCUCGUCAACUACUACGCUCCGUGGUGUCCGUACUCGCAGGCGUUGCUGCCUGUGUGGGAAGCAACCGCGUUACAGCUGCAGGACCAUCCUGAGUAUGCCGAGCGCGUCACGAUGGCCCGCGUCGACUGCACCCAGGACAAUGCCGUGCAGCUAUGCCGCCGCGCGCGAAUCAUGGCAUUCCCGUCCAUGAUGGUACCGUCGAUAUCUCCAAAUAAAGUCGCUCGCUUCUGA